AUGGCCAAGGAUUCAAUAGGUUACCUUGGCCUUUCUAAAUUAAGGUUUUUCCUAGGCCCAUUCAAAGACAAAGGGCUAGCUGUGAUGCUGGUGUCUACCAAUUCCUAUGGCUUUUGCUUUUGUUCCCAAGGGACAGUGACGGAUUGCCCGGACAAUGCUGAAGAAUUGUUGGCCGCUGAUCAAGCCUUGGACAUUUUGGGCUUUGUUCCUGAUGAAAAAUAUGGAUCCUUCAAACUCAUGGUGGGGUGGGGGUGUCAAGCAAUCAUGCACUUUGGAGACUUGAAAUUUAAGCAGAGAUCCAGAGAAGAGCAGGCAGAGGCAGAUGGCAUUAAAAGUGCUGACAAACUUGCUUACAUCACAGGCAUUAACUCCUCUGAUGUGCUGAAUACCUUAAUAUAUCCCAGAGUCAAAGUUGGAAAUGAAUUGGUGUGGGUACUGAAGAGGGUAAGAAGAGAGAUGGGAGAAAGAAGAAAGAGCCAGCAGGUCACCUGGUAUGGGCUCACCAACCUGGUACAGGUAAUGUUUGCUAUUGGUGCCUUGUCUAAGUCAAUAUGUGAUUGAAUGUUCGGGUGACUGGUAUCACACAUCAGUGGAACUCUAGAUACCAGGUUGUCAAGACAGUUGUUCAUUGGCAUCCUUGAUGUGGAUAGACAUGAAAUUUACAGAAAAAACAGCUUUGAGCAACUCUGCAUUAAUUUCACCAAAAAAUUGCAGCGAUUCUUCCAUCAUCAUAUAUUCAUCUUGGAAUAAGACGAAUAUAAGAAGAAAGGCAAUGACUAGGUAGUCCUUGACUUUGCUUUGGAUUUAUAGUACUGUGUGGAUUUAAUGAGUUCUCCAUUGGACAUCCUGGUUAUCCUUGAAGAGUAAAGCAUGUUCCCAAAGGCUACAGCAAUGACGUUCAAGACAAAACUCUAUGACAGCCAUCUUGGGAAGUCUUUCAACUUCCAGAAACCCAGGCCUGACAGGAGGAAAUAUUUGGCUCCCUUUGAACUUGUACAUUAUGCAGGAGUGGUGCCUUAUAAUAUCACUGGUUGACUUGAGAAUAACCAAGACUAUCUUAAUGAAUCAGUGGUAGGAGUUUUUCAAAAGUCUUCCAACAGCCUCUUGGCCAAUCUUUUUGAAAACUACAUCAGUACUGACAGCACUGAUACAAAUGAGGAAAAGAAAUUCAAGAAAGGGACUUCCUUCCAGAGUAUAUCAUCUCUGUACAGGUUCCUGGCGAGAAUGGGGGUGGGAGAGGAGAACGAGUUAUUAGCACAAGGCUUAACAGAGAAUGUUUUGGCCCCUGAGCACAGGCAGGAGGAGGCCACGCGUUUUUCCCUUUUUGUGCUGCAGGCACAGGCUCUUGUUGCUUUCAUUGAUGAGGACUUUGCUCUGGUCCUGGAUAUCUCCUUAGCCAAGGAUGACAUUCUCUCAAUGAGAUUCUGUCUUGGGUGUUUUACAGCUGGCCUCUUGGAUCACCUGGAAAAAAUGAAGGCUGAGAGACUAGCUAAAAUCUUUAUACUAAUCCAAGCCUCAAUAGGAGGCAAAGUGAUGUGGGCCAAAUUCCAGAAGAUUCUAGAACAGAGAGCUGCACUUCUUGUGGUCCGGUGGAAUAUCGGAGUCUUACUGGCUGGGAAGAGCUGGCCCUGAAUGCAGCUUUUUCUUAAAAUCAAGUCUCUUGUGAAGUCUAGGGAAAGUGAAAAAGAGAUGUCUGGGCUUAAGGAAGAGCUGGCAAAGCUAAACAAAGCCUUGGAGAAAGCAACAUGUCAGGGGGAGGAAUGCGAAGCAAAGCAAGCCUUCCUUAAUUGUGAAAAGAACGACUUAGUCCUCCAGCUGCAGGCUGAGUAAGAGACCCUGGCAGAUGUUGAAGAACAAACAACUCUGAUAAUAUCCAAGAUCCAGCUGGAGGCCAAAGUCAAAGCACUCUCUGAGCCAGUAAAGGAAGAAGAGGAGAUAAAUUCUGAGCUGAAUGCCAGGAAGAGGGAACUGGAAGAUGAAUGCCCUAGGCUGAAGAAAGAAAUCGAUGACCUGGAAACAACACUGGUGAAGUCAGAGAAAGAAAAGCACUCUACAGAACAUAAGGUCAAGAACCUGACGGAAAUAGAGUUGCUGAAUGAUGACAUUGAGAAACUUAACAAAGAUGUAAAGGCUACCAAGAAGACCCACCAGACCAUAGAUGAAGUGCAAACCAAAGGAGACAUACCCAGCACCCCAAGCAAAGCAAAGCUCAAAAUAGAAUAGCAAGUCAAUGAGCUUGAGGGUGUCUAUGAGCAGGAGAAGAAAAUAAAGAUGGACCUGGAAUGGCAAAAGGAGAAACUGGAGGGUGAUUUAGAUCUAAGCCAGGAAAGCAUCAUGGAUCUGGAGAAUGACCGGCAGCAACUAGAUGAAAAAUUAGAAAAGAAAGAAUUGGAAAUGGGCCUGCUGAAUCCAGAUUCCACAGAUGAGAGGAACCUCCUCAGCCAGUUCCAGAACAUGGUGGAGGAGCUUCAGGCUCGAACAGUGGAGUUGGAAAAAGAACUGGAAGCUGAAAAAACAACACAAGCCAAGGUGGAAAAGCAAAGGAAUGACCUGGCUUUUGAGUUGGGAGAGAUGAAUGAGCAGCUGGAAGAGGCCAGAAGCACCAGUCUGGCCCAGAUGGAGAUCAAUAAGAAGACGGAGGCUGGGUUUGUGAGGCUUCGAAGAGAUCUGGAGGAGGCCGCCUUUCACUUUGAUACCACUGCUACCACCAUCAGAAAGAAACACGAGGAGAACCUGAAGGAGCUGAAGGGGCAGGUGGACAACCUGCAGUGGGUCAAGCAGAGCUUAGAGAAAGAGAAGAGUGAGUUGAAGCUAGAAGUGGAUGGCCUGCUGACUAGUGUGGAGCAGAUGGCUAAAGCAAAGUCAAAGGCUGAGAAGCUCUGUAAACUGUUUGAAAACCAACUUAAUGAGACAAAUGUUAGACUUGAAGAGAUGGCCAGAUUGGUAAAUGAUGUUACCACCCAGAAGUCAAAACCUGAGAGUGAAAAAGACGAUUUCUCAAGGCAGCUGGAAGAGAAGGAGGCUCAGAGAAGCAAACUUUCCAGAGGAAAGUGUAACUUUACUCUACAGAUGGAAGAACUGAGAAGACUGCUGGAACAAGAGACUGAAUCCAAGAAAGUCCUUGCACAUGCCCUGCAGUGGGCAAAACAUGAUUAUGACCUUCUGAAGGGCCAAUACAGGGAAGAACAAGAGGCCAAGAAUAAGCUGCUAUGGGCUUUGACCAAGGGGCAUGCAGAGGUGGUACACUGGAGGACUCACUAUGAGACGCGUACUCCCCAGAAGAGUAAAGACUUUGAUGAAGCCAAGAAGAAGCUAGGGUUUUGCUUCCAGGCGGCUGGAGAGGCCAUCCAGGAAGCCAAUGCCAAAAGCACCUCCUUUGAGAAGACAAAACAACGUCUCCGGUUGGAGCUGGAGGACGUUGUAUCUGACCUGGAGGAAGUCCAUUGUACGGCAGCCUUCCUUGAUGAGAAACAGAGGAACUUUGACAAAGUCCUUACUAACUGGAAGCAGAAAUACGAUAACUCUCAAGCAGAGCUUGAAGCUGCUCAGAUAGAGGCAACAAGCAUAAGCAAAGAGCUGUUUAAGCUCAAGCAAGCUUAUGAAGAGGUUACAGUGAACCAGGAGGCUCUGAAAAGAGAAAACAAGAACCUCCAUGAAAAAAUCUCUGAUCUGACAGACCAGAUUAGGGAAGGAAAGAAGAACCUGUCUGAGAUGGAAAAGGUCAAGAGAUUGGCUGAACAGGAAAAAUCAGAGGCCCAGGUGGCCCUGGAAAAAGCCGAGGGUGUCCUAGAACGUGAAGAGAGCAAAAUCCUUCAUUUUCAAUUUGAGGUCUUGGAGGCUAAAGUAGAACUUGAAAGGAAACUUGUAGAGAAAGAAGAAGAAAUUGAAAACUUGAGGAGAGACCAGCAGCGCACCAUUGAUUCUCUGCAGUCGACUUUGGAUUUGGAAGCCAAGAGCCAAGCUGAAGCCUCUCGGCUAAAGAAGAAGAUGGAAGGGGACCUCAGUGAGAUAGAGGUACAGCUCAACCAUGCUAACCGACAGACAUCAGAGGCCUCCAAAUCUCUGUGCACCCUCCAGAUGCAAAUUAAGAACCUACAAGUGCAGUUGGAUGAAGCUACACACCAGAAGGAAAGUUUGAAGGAGAAAGCGAUGGUGGCCGAGAGGCAACAUGCUAUCCUGCAGUCUGAAUUGGAUGAGUUGAGGUCUUUGCAGGAACGUACAGAACGUGGACGGAGAUUAGCUGAACAAGAGCUUCUGGAAGCCACUGAAAAACUGAAUAUGUUGUACAACCAGAAUACAAGCCUGCUCACUCUGAAGAAAAAAUGGGAAACUGACAAUGCCUGUAUGAAGAAAGAAUUAGAAGAUGCAACAGAAGAACGUCGGAGCGCUGAAGAAAAAGCUAAGAAGGCAAUUACUGAUGCAGCAUUGCUGUCUGAGAAUUUGAAGAAAGAACAGCACACCUGUAUUCACAUGGAAAGGAUAAGGAAUAACAUGGAACAGACCAUUACAGACUUACAGAAAAGACUAGAAGAAGCUGAGCAGAGUACUGUGAAGGGGGGCAGUAAGCAGAUCCAGAAACUGGAAUCCAAGAUCUGUGAAUUCGAAAAUAAACUAGAAUGUGAAGUACGUCGGAGUUCUGAGGCCCAGAACAGAACCCUUAAAUUUGAGAGGUCCAUCACGGAGCUGACUUAUCAGGCAGAGGAAGAUAAGAGAAAUCUAAGUAGAAUGCAGACUCUGAUAGAUAAACUGCAGCUAAAAGUGAAAAGUUACAAACACCAAGUAGAGGCUGUGGAAGCACAAGCCAAUCAAUAUCUGUACCAGUUUAAGACUCAGCAGCAUGAGUUGGAUGACGCGAAGGAGAGAGCAAAAGUGGCCGAAUCCCAGGUCAACAAACUUAAGGCUAAAGCGAGAGAGAUUGGAAAAAAGGUUUAUGAAGAGGAAUAAACACUCCCUAUUCCAGAAGAACCGGAGACCAGAUGAUUCCAAAAUACCACCAGCUACAUGGCUACCAAUCAGAGCUGAACUUGAAACAAGUGAGCAUUUGGAGAGAAAACAUUGAAAAUUAAAUACCAAAGACCAUCGCUUUCAUAUAAUUUUAAUCACGCUGUUACAUCAUCACUUCCUCUAGCAUGAAACAUCUUUCUUUGAAACGUAAAUUUAAAU